AUGUCGAGUGGUGGAGAAGAUGGAGAGAAUGAAAUGAGAUUUAGGGGCGUGAGAAAGAGAAAAUGGGGAAAAUAUGUAGCUGAAAUUCGAUCUGGAAAGAGAACGCGUAUAUCACUGGGGUCAUACUUCACUCCUCAUGCUGCAGCUCGAGCUUAUGACACUGCACUCUUGUGUCUGCGAGGGCCCAAUGCUUCGUCUUUCAAUUUCCUAGACUCGCAGUUCAACCCAACUGCAUUGGAGGCGGCAAAUGCAGAGAGCAAUCCAUCACCUCAGGCUGUUCGAACUGCUGCCAUUGCGGUUGGCUCCGCCUGCGAUGUCGAUCCUGCAACAUACUUCCAUAAUAAUAAUAAUAAUAAUAGCAAUCAAAUCUUGGAGGGUGCCGCACCGAGUGAAGAGAAAGAUCAAUCAGCCGAAGGUGGAGACACCGUUAAUGGUGAAGGGAAUGCAAUGGUUGAGGAGAAAAUUGCAGAAGAAGAACAGGUGAUAUGUGAAUCAAGUGAUGCAAAAUGUCUUGUACAAUCUACACAGCCUGUGUAA